AUGCGGCCCGCCUGGACUGCGCUGUGGCUGCGCCUGGCCUUGGCCCUGGGCCUGGUUGGCCCCCUGGCUGUGGGGUGGGCCUCUGCCCGGGCCCCCAUCUAUGUCAACAGCUGGGCCGUACGGGUGUCCCAGGGUUACCAGGAGGCCAAGCGCCUGGCGCGCAAAUUCGGCUUCGUUAAUCUGGGGCAGAUCUUCCCCGACGGGCAGUACUUCCACCUGCGGCACCGGGGCAUGGUCCAGCAGUCCCUGACCCCGCACUGGGGCCACCGCCUGCGGCUGAAGAAAGACCCCAAGGUGCAGUGGUUCGAGCAGCAGACCCUGCGGCGGCGGGUGAAGCGCUCCUUGGUGGUGCCCACAGACCCCUGGUUCCCCAAGCAGUGGUACAUGAACAACGAGGUGCAACCAGACCUGAACAUCCGGCAGGUCUGGAGCCAAGGGCUGUCGGGCCAGGGUGUCGUGGUGUCUGUCCUGGACGACGGCAUCGAGAAGGACCACCCGGACCUCUGGGCCAACUAUGACCCCCUGGCCAGCUACGACUUCAACGACUACGACCCAGACCCCCAGCCGCGAUACACGCCCAGUAACGAGAACCGGCACGGGACCCGCUGUGCUGGGGAGGUGGCCGCAAUGGCUAACAACAGGUUCUGUGGCACAGGCGUGGCCUACAAUGCCCGAAUCGGAGGCGUGCGCAUGCUGGACGGCACCAUCACGGACGUGAUCGAGGCCCAGUCGCUGAGCCUGCAGCCCCAGCACAUCCACGUCUACAGCGCCAGCUGGGGCCCCGAGGAUGACGGCCGCACGGUGGACGGCCCUGGCGCGCUCACCCACGAGGCCUUCCGGCGCGGCGUGACCCAGGGCCGCGGCGGGCUGGGCACGCUCUUCGUCUGGGCGUCGGGCAAUGGCGGGCUGCACUACGACGACUGCAACUGCGACGGCUACACCAACAGCAUCCACACGCUCUCCGUGGGCAGCGCCACCCGGCGCGGCCGCGUGCCCUGGUACAGCGAGGCCUGCGCCUCCACGCUCACCACCACCUACAGCAGCGGCGCCGCACCCGACCCCCAGAUCGUCACCACGGACCUGCACCACCAGUGCACGGACAAGCACACGGGCACCUCAGCCUCAGCCCCGCUGGCCGCGGGCAUCAUAGCCCUGGCGCUGGAGGCCAACCCGCUCCUGACCUGGAGAGACAUGCAGCACCUGGUGGUCCGCGCAUCCAGGCCCGCGCAGCUCCAGGCCGAGGACUGGAGGACCAACGGCGUCGGGCGCCAAGUGAGCCACCACUACGGCUAUGGGCUGCUGGACGCCGGCCAGCUGGUGGACAUGGCUCGCACGUGGCUGCCCACGCAGCCCCAGCAGAAAUGCGCCAUUCGGAUCGUGCACGCCGCCACCCCCAUCCUGCCGCUGCUGCACGUGAGGAGGAACGUGUCAGCCUGCGCCGGCCGUGUCAACCGUGUCCGCUCACUGGAGCAUGUGCAGGUGCAGCUGUCGCUGUCCUACAGCCGCCGCGGCGACCUGGAGAUAGCGCUCACCAGCCCCAUGGGCACGCGCUCCACGCUCGUGGCCGUCAGACCCCUGGAUGUGAGCAGCCAAGGCUACAACAACUGGGUCUUCAUGUCCACUCACUUCUGGGACGAGGACCCGCGGGGCCUGUGGACCCUGGGCCUAGAAAACAAGGGCUACUACUUCAACACGGGGAUGCUGUACCGCUCGACGCUGCUGCUGUACGGGACAGCGGAGGACAUGAUGGCGCGGCCCCGCGGCCCCCAGGUGACCAGCAGCGCGUGCGUGCAGCGGGACACGGCGGGGCUGUGCCAGGAGUGCCACAGCCCCGCCUACCUCCUGGGCCGCCUCUGCCUCCCCUCCUGCCCACCGCGGUACUUCAACCACACGCGGCAGCCAGUGACCGCCGGGCCGGGGCGCCCGGCCACGCCCGCCCUUCGUGUCUGCUCCAGCUGCCACCCGUCGUGCCACACCUGCCGCGGCAGCUCCCCGCUCGACUGCACCGCCUGCCCCCCGCCCCACACACUGGACCGGCAUCGAGGCUCCUGCUUGGGGCCCACGCCCCCAGCGGCCACCCCCGCGGCCACCGCUGGCCCGCCACCCCGCCACCGCGGCCCAGCUCAGGCCAUGGUGCUGGUCCUGCUGGCCGUGGCCUUGGGGAGCCCCCUUCUCUGCAGCAUCCUCUCCGUGGGCUGCCCCCCACCGUGGGCCCAGCUGCUGGCUGCAACCCGGACAUGUUGGACUCGGGAAGCCGACGUGCGCUGUUCCACUCCCUUCCCCACACUGGCCCCCGGGGGCGAGAACCUGCCCCUGCGAGGCUCUGGCUGGCCACCAAGGCCCGCAGGCCAGGGGGGCCCACGGGGAACCCUGCACCCCGAACUUGGCAGGUCCAGGGGGCGUGGCCUCGCGGCUAGCGGGGGGCGGGAGCAGGAGGCAGCCGGAAGCGCGCGCGUCACGUGCCCGGGGGUGGGGCCGCGCUCCGACCGGAAGCGGAAUUGGCUGCGCCGCGGCGCCGGCGGCUGA